AUGUUCGACAUCGACAAUCAGGAUUUCGGCAAUAGCACCGCACAGUGGAACGCAACAUUGGAUUUCAAUCCUGGCACUCUCACCAGCGGCGCGAACAGCAACGUCUUAGGCUCUGCAGACAACAGUUCCGACACAUUCAACAACGGCAUGAUCAGCAGCAUCUUGAGCCCUUCUUACAACGUUGCUAACGCAUUCACCACCAACGAUGCGAACAAUAGCUUGGAUUCAUCCGGCAACACUCCUUUCGCGUCCUUCGACGGCGUCAACAGCAACACCUUGAGCUCUCUCGACAACACUCAAACAACAACCGCCAUCAUCGAGGCCAACAAACAACUCAUGAGUUCGAUGGAACAAAAUCAGAAGCUGCAAGAGUCCCUCAAAACCCAGUCAGAACAGCACGAAAAGACCGUCACAGAGCUUCAAGAGAAGAUUGCCACUCUUGAGAAGGAGAAAGAGACGCUCACGAACCAGAAAUCGACGCUACAAAGAGAAUGUCUCAGCACCAGACACUACAUCAAUAUGUUGCGAGGCUUCUACGACUUCAGAAUCGGAAUCGACGGCAAGCUCCUCCCCCUUGUACCUGAGACCGACACCAUCGCCCUCAUUGCUCAAGGGGCUCCAGCCACACCUCUGCAAGCUGGAUACGAGCAAUACCUCAAGGAGAUGAUCAGCGGGCACCAUGAACAGACACGACGUGCGAACAUAGCAGCAGCUGGCCAGCGAAUCCUCAAGGCCGAUCUCUGUCACCUCUGCCCGGUGCACAAUGGGCCGGAGGCCAACCUCCACCCGUCGCGGGUGACGCCGCAGCCAACGCCAACCAUCGACCUGACAGUCGAUGCGCCCUCCGCCCCCGCGUCCCUCCAUCAGCAAGCUGUCAAGGCAGCCCGAGCGGCCUUACAGGCCAACGUCACCAACACUCCUGUCGGCGCCUCGACUCAGGCCGCCACUCAGGUCAACGACUCCGUUGUUGCUGUCGCUCCUGCGGAAUCCGAGGCCAGCGAGACUCCGUCCGCCGCGCCAGCCCAGGCGGACACUGAGGCCAACGCGGCCACAGCCUCUGUCGACCGACCCGCGCCGCCCGAAACGCCACCGGCCUCCCCGGAAGGGACGGAGUCUUCCCUUCCCAAACGGGAAAAGAAAGACCGCAGCUACUCGUGGCUGCCCAAGUCCCAGAACCUGGCCCUCUUGAAGGCUCAGGGCAUGAUCAAGGACCAGUUCGAGCAAAAGAAGGUGGAAGACGAACUCCGCCUUGCACGCAGGGCUGCCUCUCAUGCCGAAAUCCUGGCCAUGGCGGCUUCAACUUCGGCUGCGGCUUCGACCUCAACUUUGACAGCCAUCUCACAGCCUGCAAUCCCGAGUGUCGCAUCCUCGGCGGCCAGGGCAACCGUCACAAACACCAAGAAGACCAAAGCCGCAUCAAGAUACAAGAACAACAACUCCACCGUCCUCUCCUCCAAGGCCUCAAAAGUCACCAAACCAAAGGCACCGGCGAAGAACAGGAUCAGAACCGCAGCCGCAACCUCAAUCUCGGCUUCAACCAACACAGACACCACAAGCAAGCAGAAGAAGAGCCGGGCAGCACAAUUGGAGAAGAGCGCAUUCGAUCAGCUGGACAUGCAACCGGCUAGACAAGCCGGCCCGACUGCAAGCAAGAUGACGACCUCAUCCUCGACCACAGAAGCAACGACCACAACCGAACCGCGCAAGUACUAUUACGACGACCUCUCCGAUGCCGAGGAUUUAGAGGACAAUGAACCCGCAUACGACCAGCUAGAGAUCAUCGACCACAACCUAGGCGACAAGAUUGCCCCACUGUCGGCUGGGGACAUUGACAUGGGAGAAAUGAUCCCAGAGGAGGAUCCACUGGACGAUCUAUUCGAGGGCGAAGUGCCACUGAUGGCUGACAGUGACGGGGAAAUCAGCGAGGAGGAAUGA